AUGCCCACCAUUCACGAGCGAAUUCGAGAGGAAGUCCUCCGAAAGGAGCGUGCUCUCUGGACAGCGAUCACGUCGGCUGAUCCACCACCGCAAAUCAAGAAAUUAAGCAACCCAGAAGUUGUGUUGUUGUUCCCGAAAAUGCCCAUCCUCACCUUGGAAGACGAAGAGCAAUUCGACGAAUGCCUGAAGGCUCCAUUCCAUCGCUUUGACGGAUUCCAGCUGGAUGAUGUGCGCACGAUCAUUAUUGAUCUCAUGGCUGCUUCGAUCACAUAUAAGGUUUACGCUGUUCGGGGGGAUCAAGAGUAUCGAGCGACCGGCUCUACGACUUGGAGUCAAGCGGCAGAUGGUGAAUGGCGGAUUGUGACACAUCAUGAGACUCUCCUGUAG